GUGACCCACCGGAACAUAAACAGUGUUUGCCCAGCCCGCAGAGUGUGUAGCCUGGCCCACUUGAAAAAGAACAACAGACUUUCACAAUGGAGGAGAAAUGGAAGAAAUGGUCUUUGGAGGAGACGAACUGUCUCCUCGCACUGUGGUCCUCACCUGAAGUCCAGAGCAAACUAGUCGGAGCGACGAGAACAAAACCCGCGUACGAGCAGAUACAACACGGGUUGUCUACAGCGGGGUACAACAGGAGCUUCGACCAGAUCGUCAACAGACUCAAGAAACUGAAAACUGAGUACAGGGAACUAAAGAAAAACCAAAGCGGCAGUGAGCAGCCACAGAGUAAUCCUUAUUUCGAAGUACUCGACUCGGUCCUCGGCGAUAGACCUGCAUGUCAACUCGACGAGGCCUUGAACUCAUCAGCAGCGAUUGUUAAGGUGAUAGUGGAUGAUAAGGUGUUGCAAACCUUCAGUGUUCCUGAGCUCCCACAAUAUGUCUGUAAGAAGGAGGAAGAAGAUGAGGAGGAGGAGGGGAAGGAUGUUGUUUUUGACCAGCAGCUCUGUAAGCAGGAAAGGAACUCCAGUCUGGACCAAGAGGACUCCAAGCCUCCACAGAUUAAAGAGGAACAGGAGGAACUCUGCACCAGUCAGGAAGGAGAGCAGCUGCAACUGAAGCAGGAGACUGAUACCUUUAUUUUGACUCCUGCGUGUGAUCAAACUGAAUUCAAAGAUCAGUCUCUGCUUUUAGUUCCUGAACAAACUCUGCAAGGUGCAGCAGAGGAAGAUCCUCUUGACAAAAUCCAGAUUGAAAGUGUCACAUCGGAAACUGACACGCACCACGUAGCAGAUAACCAGAAUCACAGGGGAGAAACUAAAGAAAUGUCAGCACCAACAACAAAUACUGUGCCAGAACCAAAGAAGGACCAACAACAAAUUAAGACUCCCAAAGAAAAACCCUAUAAGUGCUGCUUCUGUGAGAAAACAUUUGCUCAGUCCGGUGAGCUAACUAAACACAGGAGAACUCAUACGGGUGAGAAGCCAUAUGUCUGCAGCACCUGCGGGAAAACAUUCAUCUGUGGCGCAAAUAUGAAGAGGCACAUGAGGACUCACACAGGUGACAAGCCUCACGUCUGCAGCUACUGCAGUAAAGCGUUUCUUUUCUUAAAAAACUUGAAAGUUCACAUGAGAAUCCACACUGGGGAAAAGCCUUAUAAAUGCAGCUACUGUGAAAGGACCUUCAUCCAUCACUCUAUCCUAAAACGGCACAUAAAAACUCACACUGGAGAAAAGCCCUUCGAAUGCCGCUUAUGUGAGAAAACGUUCGCCCAGGUGGCUGAGGUAACUAAACACAUGAGGACUCACACGGGCGAGAAGCCGUAUGUUUGCGUCACCUGUGGGAAAAGUUUCAGCUGUGGCGCCAAUUUGAAUAGGCACAUAAGGAUUCACACUGGUGAGACGCCCUAUACCUGCAGCGACUGUGGGAAGGAGUUUAAAGAUUCCUCGUCAUUGAAGAAUCACUUUCGAAUGCACACAGGGGAGAAGCCGUAUGAAUGCCCUGCUUGUGGGAAGAGAUUCCCAAUCAGUUCAGCGUUGGCUAAGCACAUUAGAAUCCACACAGGUGAUAGGCCUUACAAGUGUGACACCUGUGGAGUUGGUUACAUCCAAAAAACAGAACUGAGAGCGCAUAUUAUGAUCCAUACAGGUGAGAGACCAUUCAAAUGCAAUGUGUGUGGAGACGGCUUCAGAAGGAAGACAACGCUGAAGAAUCACAUGAAAGUCCACAAGGGUGUUUUACCAAGUAGCAGUUCUUUAAAUGAUGUACCUGUGCAUGACAUGAAAAAGUAAUCAAAUGGAGGAAAAAAAAGAAAGAAAAAGACUUCUUUGUAGAUUUUGUUUAAUGUUUUCACCUCACAGCCUUGUUCCUAAACAUAACCCCAAUGAACUGAAUGCCCUUGUAGGUUUUCUUCGGUGGUUUCAAGACAUUGCUCUCUGACCAUGCCUCAUGCUACAGGCCUCUGAUCCAUACAGAUAGGUGUGAUGUAGAUGCAUAAACAAUGACACGAAAUGUGAUGAUAUAACUGAAAUGACACCCCUGGUGGAAAUGGAUCUACAGAUUCAGAGUUCUAUGGGUGCACCCAGAGUCAUCUGCUGUCUGGGAUAAAACUACAUUUUUAACAGCCAUUCUUUAUUUGUACAACAUAGUAAAACAGAUGCUCUGGAUUAAACCAGAGAUUAAACCACCUCUGAAGGAGCAGCAACUCCAGAUAUGAGCCCUGGUCAAGGGCACUGACUGGAGAAUUAAGCUGGUGUGGAUAUUUUGAAGGUGGGGGUAACCAGAGUACCUGCAGGAAACCCACACACGCAUGGGGAGGACACCAAACUCUGCAGAGCACCACUGUGCUCAUGGUCCUAUUCUGCCAUCAUGUGGUUGUUCAUUUAUUUGCACUAUUUAUUUGUUGUAUUUUUAAGCAGGCACAUGUUUGUGUAUUUAAAUACUCAUUGUGAAUACUAGCGUAGGUAAGAAAGGCUGGUGAGCAAAGAUGGGUCAUUCCACAUGUUCCAUUGCUCUAUUUUGAUUUGUUGUUCAAACUGGUAGACUUUUAAACACAUUUUAAAGCUCUAUUUAUAGCUAUAAUUUAAUUAUCGGUGAUAUCUAUAAUGUCUAAUAUCCCAUUAUCAGGCUGAUAAAUUUUCUGUCUGAUAUGUAACUACUCAAAAUUAGUUAAGCAUAUCGGGAUAUGGGUUCAGAUGUGCAUGUGCAUGCAAUAAAGGUCAAAUGAAAUGUGCUGCAUUAUUUUUGGGGAUAAAAAUAUUCACAAAAUAGAAAAUAAAAAUUCUGAUGUGUCACAGAUUAAAUAAUUGAGUGAAAAAUAUCUCAAUACUCCUAACAAAUUCUGAGUAGUGUAUCAUGCAUUCGUGGUAAAUACAUGUCUAGGUUGCCAAGUGCAGCUGUUAGCUACCCCUGCACAGUAUUUCCAUUGGUAUCUGAUGUGAAUUCAUUUAAUGGCCUGACCUUUUUUUGCUCCUGUGUGUGUCUGGAAGGUGUAUUAUGAUGCUUUCAUGCAGCACUUGGAUUUAAUGUGUCUUUCCAUUUAGAUUAUGUUUAAAAUAAAUGAGACUAUGAUUAACGUAGAGCAUGAGCAUUUGAAUUAUAUUUUUAGAUAGAAAGUUUGACACCAAACCUUGUGUGCAAUGUUGACCUCAUCACAUUUUGUGAUUGUGAGGGAGAAACUAUUGACCAUGUCCUUACCGAUUGUUUCCAUAUUACUGACUUUUGGCUGGAUUUACAUAAAAACCUUUUAGAAAUGCUUGAAAAAUAUGUCACUCUAACAAAGGUAGAUAUUUUACUCCUUUGAACAAGUCCAACUUCUCCCCAGAAGACAUUUACAUAAUUGAUCUGAUUAUUAUUUUAGCAAAAUA